UCUUCUCUGCUGAGCAAUUGGACUGCUGUCUAACUUUGGUACUGCUGCUACUACAACUGCCUGCUACUUCUAACUCCAAAGGAUUCUUGAAUCCAGUGAUUUUUUUUCUCUCAAGUUUACCUUCAUGUCGAGCUUCCUGAAAAAUAUCUUACGGAUGCCAUGCAUAAUACCUACAUUACGAUCUUACAGGUGAACAAAGGGAUGACAACCUUCCUUUGUAUGAUGUUCCUUUCAUAUCUCUGUAGUACCCAAACAGCACACCUGAACAAACAAACUGUUGAAGAAGACUCCAUGAAUGCUUUGAUAAUUAAACUUAUUCAGGCUGACUUACUAAAGACAAAGAUAACAAACCACGAAUCAGAGAUCCAGGAGAAACAGCAGGACAUACAACAAAGUACAGAACUAGCAGAUGCAUCUGACUCAGUUGAUGAUACCUCAGACUUUCAGCCAAUUUCCUCAAUAGACACUGAUGUGAUAAGACAGCAAAAACGUUAUCACUCUCCACGGGUACUUUUAAGUGAGAACCCGCCAGUACGACCACCUCCACUUUACUUGAUUGAUGACUAUGUGGGGAGUUCUGUGACUGCCAAUAGGACCUCAAGAAUGAAAAGGCAAGCAGAGCACAGAAGUCACAGGGGGGAGUACUCCGUCUGUGACAGUGAGAGUUUGUGGGUGACAGACAAAUCCAGUGCAGUGGAUAUACAGGGACAGCAGGUAACAGUGCUGGGAGAGGUAAAAUCAGGAAAUUCACCCAUCAAACAAUAUUUCUAUGAAACCCGGUGUAAGGCUGCAAGACCCUAUAAGAAUGGUUGCCGUGGGAUAGAUGACAAGCACUGGAAUUCACAAUGUAAAACAUCACAAACCUAUGUGCGGGCUCUGACUUCAGAGAACAAUGUACGUGUGGGUUGGCGAUGGAUAAGAAUAGACACUGCCUGUGUGUGUGCACUGUCUCGAAAAACAGGACGAAUGUAAAUUCACAGUCUUCUUAUUUUUGCCUCCAUAUAAAUUAUUACAUUAAUUUAUAUAUGCAUGUAGCAUACAAAUGUCUAUAUUAUUGUUUAUAUAUUGUAACGUGUCCUUUAUUUAUUGAACUGUCCUCCUUCCGACUUAUGUAUACAAAAUCAAGCCAGACACAUGGUAUAUGUAAAUACCUAAAAUAUAUAUAUAUAUAAUGAGCAAAGAAAUGUUACUGUGCUUCUGGCAAUGUAAUGUUUUGUCAUUUUUAUAUUAUCCCAUGUUUGUCUCAGAUGCUACAUUUAACUUUGCGAAUUCUGUAACAUGUAUGUAUAUCAGUAUUUUCACCUCAGUAUUGUCAGUUCCAUUGCAAGUUCUCUAAAUACACCUUUAGUAUGAAAGUUAGUAUAUAACCUUUAAGAAAACAAGUAAACUGUUACUUUAGUAAGAUACAUCUAUGCCAAAUCUUAAAAAGUUUGGAUACCUUUUACCUAAUAUACAAAAAACAAAUGAGGAAAAUUAAAAUGUUUAUUUUACAAAAUAUGCUUAAUAGUUGCAUGCAGUUUUGAAACAAAACUAUAAAUAUUUAAUAUUUCCUUUUGAGGAAUGCUCUGUUUGUUCCACAUUUUGCAUGAAAUAACUAUAAAGAGUUACUAGACAUCCGGUGUAUCCUAAUGUCAAAAAUGAUUAUCAAAACCUUGUUCAAUUCUUAGUUUACAGAUGUAGAAAAUGUUCACUUUUUGUCUAGCUUCCGAACCUAAAAAUUGUCUUCCAAGAAACUGAAUUUACUGUAUCUUUGAAGUUACACUCACUGGCAUUUCUGUACGUGUGAACCAUUUUGUGAUUGUGUAACUUAAAUGUGUGCUCAUUCAUAUAACACAAAUCUUAAUUGUCAUUUUGUUCAUAUUCGGGUAUUUUCCACAUACAGUUUGAGAAAUGUGAAAAUACCUGUGAUAAUGCUAAGAAAGUAUAUAAAUUAGAUGUCAGUUUCAGUGAAAUGAUGACUCGUAAUUUGUAGGAUAGAAGCAUUAUGCAGAAAUAUAUAUUUACAUAUUACUUUCAUUCUAAAGGGAGACUGCUACUUCACAAUUUUGGCAGGACAUUGGUGCAGAACUUGGUGACAUGGUUAGGUUAGCAAUACACUGACAAGAGGUUCUUCUCUAAUAAUUAUUUUUUUCAAUUUUCUUUGAAAAUAUAGCCAUAUUAAAUGAAGUAUAGGAGUACCAUAGACACUCCUAACUACCUGUUGACUAUUAUUGCAAUGAAUGCAGAAUUUACUUUGUCGGAAUUCACCUACACAUCACCCUUUCUUAAAUCCAUUUUUUUUUUUGUUUGUGAUGUCAGAAGGAGAAUCUUUGUAAAAGGGCAGGGAACAAUAUUCCAUUUGUUAAAGACCUCCUGAUACAGAUAAAUUGGUUAAAAGAAAUGCAAUGUUCAUUCUUAAAUACAGUUUAUAUUUUCUACAAAA